AGGCCGGGGCCGGGGCAGAGCGGGCACCGGGCGGCCGGGGCCGGAGCCGGAGCGGGGCCGUGCUGGGCAGAGCCGGGCCGGGCCGGGCCGGGACCGCGGCGAUGAACUUCGCGGUGGGGCUGAAGCCGCUGCUGGCGGAGGCGCGGAGCAUGGAGAGCCUGGAGAAGCAGCUCAUCUGCCCCAUCUGCCUGGAGAUGUUCACCAAGCCCGUGGUCAUCCUGCCCUGCCAACACAACCUCUGCCGCAAGUGCGCCAACGACGUCUUCCAGGCCUCCAACCCGCUGUGGCAGUCGCGGGGCUCCAGCGCGGUCCCGUCGGGCGGCCGGUUUCGCUGCCCGUCGUGCCGCCACGAGGUGGUGCUGGACCGGCACGGCGUGUACGGGCUGCAGCGGAACCUGCUGGUGGAGAACAUCAUCGACAUCUACAAGCAGGAGUCGGCCAGGCCCCUGCACGCCAAGGCCGAGCAGCACCUCAUGUGCGAGGAGCACGAGGACGAGCGGAUCAACAUCUACUGCCUGCGCUGCGAGGCGCCCACCUGCUCCCUCUGCAAGGUCUUCGGGGCGCACAAGGACUGCGAGGUCGCGCCGCUGCCCGCUGUCUACCAGCGUCAGAAGGUGGGUGCCCUUGGAGGGGGGGUCGCGGGGGCUGCCCACCCAACCGGCCCUCACACCCAUCCCACCCCCUCCCAGAGCGAGCUCAGUGAUGGCAUUGCCAUGCUGGUGGCGGGGAACGACCGCAUCCAGGCCAUCAUCACGCAGAUGGAGGAGAUCUGCCACACCAUCGAGGAGAACGGCCGGCGGCAGAAGCAGCACCUGGGGCUGCGCUUCGACUCGCUGUACAGCAUCCUGGAGGAGCGGAAGAAGGAGCUGCUGCAGAGCAUCGCGCGGGAGCAGGAGGAGAAGGUGCAGCACGUGCGGGGCCUCAUCCGCCAGUAUGGAGACCACCUGGAGGCCUCCUCCAAGCUGGUGGAGUCGGCCAUCCAGGCCAUGGAGGAGCCCCAGAUGGCCGUGUACCUGCAGCACUCCAAGGAGCUACUGAAGAAGAUCAUGGACAUGUCCAAGGUGUCGAUGAGCAGCCGCCCAGAGCCCGGCUACGAGAACAUGGACCACUUCUCCAUCAACGUGGACUAUGUGGCUGAGAUGCUGAGGACCAUCGAGUUCCAGACAGAGCCGCUGGGUGAGGACGACGGGGACGGACCCGGGGACGGCAGCGAGGCCACGGGGGACGAGGACCGGCUGGACAGCCUGGAGGCGCCCGAAGCCGUGGAAGAUGUAGGGCCGAGGCAGAAGCCAGCGAGCUCCCCCCAUGGUCAGCACUAAGCCGGCGCCAUGGGGCAGCACUGGACCCCAGCCUAUCGCUGUUCCGGCACCCCCGGCGAGCCCUUGCGCCUGUGAUUCCCCAAACGCCAGAGCUGCUCCUGUUGGACAUUAAACCCCGUGUGAGGA